UUUGAAAUUGCUGAGUUGUGCAAAAAUGACUGUUAUUGAUGAGAAUUUCCCGGCGGGGAUGCGUGUUCUUGCUGUUGAUGAUGACCCAACUUGCUUGAAGUUAUUGGAAACUUUACUCAGAAAAUGCGGCUAUAAUGUCACUACAGCGAGCCAGGCAAGGGUUGCGUGGGAGAUGAUCAGUGAAAACAAUGACAGAUUCGACUUGGUGAUUAGUGAUGUCUACAUGCCCGACAUGGAUGGCUUUAAGUUUUUGGAACUUGUUGGUCUUAAAUUGGAUAUACCGGUUAUCAUGUUGUCUGCAGAUGGUGAUCCCGAGCUCGUACUUAAAGGGGUUAACAAUGGUGCUUGUGACUAUUUGGUGAAACCUAUUCGGAUUGAAGAGCUGAGUAACAUUUGGCAGCAUGUAGUAAGGAGAAUGAAGUGCAAGCCUAAGAGCCAGAAUAAUCAAGCCAAUGCUCAUCAGGCAAUUGGAGAAGGUCAUGGGUCUUCAUCGGCAGGAAAUACUGACCAAAAUGAAAAAUGUAAUAGAAAGAAAAAGGAUGAUGAAGAUGAGUACGAUGGUAAUGAUGAUGAAGAUGAAGACAACAUGCCACGCAAGAAACGCCGGGUUACCUGGACUAAGGAGCUUCACAUGAAGUUUCUCCAAUCAAUUAGUCAGUUGGGAAUUGAAAGGGCCGUUCCCAAAAGAAUAUUGAACUUGAUGAACGUUGAAGGCAUUACCCGGGAAAAUGUGGCGAGCCAUCUCCAGAAGUAUAGGGGUUACCUGAAAAAAAUUAAUCCUGCAACCGAACAAGCAAGCAUGGAUAAUGAUCCCGGUGUCAUGAGUAUGGGUUCAUUGGAUGGUUUUGUUGGAGAUUUUAGUGGAGCAAGACCAACAAAUGUUGCAUUAUCACCUUGCACGGGUGGCAUGCUUGGUCGAGUAAACAGUCCUGCUAAUGUGAAUAUUCAUAACUUUACUCAUUCCACUCUAGUCCAUCCAAGUCAAGUUCAAAACGUGAGCAACUCCAUCGAUUCAGUUGGGGAAAUGCGUCACGUCCUUCCAACUUCCAAUCGAAAUACAAGUUUAUUUCAUGGAGUUCAGCUGUCUCUGGAAUUGGAUCAGUUGCAGCAUAACAAGGGAAAUGCAAAUUUCGAUAGCAUCAACAACUCGAGAAUGUCAGUUGCAACGCAACAAGGGCAAUGGAGUUCAACUGUAAUGGCUCCCAUGAAUAAUCCGCAGAUGCUGCAUGGAAAUGCGAGUAGUGGAGGGUUUAUUAAUCAGGACUUACAGAACAACCCUAUUGUUCUUUCUUCUGGCUUUGAAGUUUCUAGAGAAAGGCAGUGCCAGGUAGGGUCGACAGGCGAUGUGCAGAAUAUGGCCCAAUGUUGGGCAGAACAAGGUCAGGGUAGCGGGAAGAUGGAUAUGUAUACUGGUGGCGGAUCAAGCGUUGGUGCUUCAGCUCUUGUGCAGCAGAAUGGAAAUCUGGCAACAGAAUCCACAUCAUGUUCUAACGAGGACUUGCUCUUCUCCGAGCAUCCAAAGUUACUGCCAGGAUAUACUCCUCAAGGUUAUGAUCCGCUGGAUGAACUGGUGAAUGUUAUGCUCAAGCCGCAAUAAGAUGAAGCUGUGCCAGAUGAUGAGCUUGCGUUUGCUAAUCAAUCGUUUGGGGCAGGCACGCAGUAGGAGCUCUCUUCAAGGCUUUAUCUAUAUUCAAAAUUAUCAUUUUUCUGAUAGAUCCCUUUU